UUUCUUUGUUUCUGUGGCUACAAAGUUUCCCAGUCGCUGUCCUUUGUCUCUCUUCUUCAGAGGCUUGAGGAUGGUUUGCCUUGUGCAUUGCACUGCAUAGGGCUGUAAAACUUGGAAGGUUUCUGAGGCAAGCAGCAGCAGCAGCUAUGGAGCCUGCCAGUGCUAGCUUGGUCUCCCUGAGGGCAUCCACCGCCACGAGCCGCAGCUGCUUCUCAUGUCGGCAGCGAGCGACGCCCAGGACCAGGAUGCUUCCGGCCAUGGUGUCCAAGUCUGGGGCGAAACUGGUGGCUUCAGGCUGCAAGACAUGCAGGGGGAAGGGUGCAGUGGAAUGCGAAGGCUGCAAGGGGACUGGCAGGAACAAGAAGAACGGCAACAUCUUCGAGAGAUGGAAGUGCUUCGACUGCCAGGGGUUUGGGAUGAGGAAGUGCCCCACCUGCGGCAAGGGAGGCCUCACACCGGAGCAGAGAGGAGAAAGAUAGAAGAAACAUCAAGCAUCCAUCCAUCCAUGGCAGAUGCACUCUCCAAUGUCUUAUUUAUCAUGCUCAACUUUGCUCGAAUUCUGACUACUAUCUAGAAGUAAGUAUCAACCAGAAUUGCCAAACAAAAUGUCGAAAACCGAAUAUGGUGAUACACAUAUUUGGUUUGAGAACCAGCAGUAUAAUGCCAAGCAGAAUGUUGUGAGGAAAUCAACUGGUUUCUGCGCGUA